CGCAGCCGCAGAGGUGCCGCACGCCUGCCGUCGCGACGCGGCGCAGCAGUCCACACCUCGGGUGACUCGAUCUGUGCAACCGCGGGUGAAAGCACUGCUCAAUUCGCCGUGGAAGGCGUAGAGAGCAGGGGGCCCAAAAACUCACUUGCCCGUAGCGGUGCGAGAUCGCGUCGCUGGAACCGCAGCGAUCGCAGCAAGCCGCACGGCUCAGCGACAAAGAAUUUCGCCAGCGGGCGUGGCAUUUGGAGCGCGAUGCUCGUCCUCGUCCUCGUCGCGCCCGCCCUCGCCGGCACGCAGUUCUGGCCGCGGCGCCCUUCACCACUAAAACUGCAGCGCUUCAUCGCGCGGCACGCCACGGCGCGACCGAACGCGCCCGACGUCAUCAAGAGCACCGAGCCCGGCCGGGAUAAUGGGGAGGUGCCCCGCGGCUGCCACGCGCGGCGUCUGGAGAGAGUCAUACCAGGAGGCGACUACGCGAGAGCGAAGGCCUGCGUAUUGGCUUGGGGCGGCGAACCUGACAAGAAGGCGACGUCCUUCGUUUGUGUGGUAGAGGGCCGGGAGGGCCGGAGCGGCGGCGUUUUACAGAUGGCGACGGUCGCGCGGGCGUACGGCCGCGUGGCGUGGGUCGUGAACCCCGUCCGGGAGUCCUACGCCGUCGACGUGAAUAAGGCGGUUCCGGCCGAUCCGGCGUGGAAGCGCCUCCCUUCGGGAAGACGCUACGCGUGCGCGGCCUACACGACGUUAGGAAGGCACCUCCUCGCGGGCGAGGAGCGGCUGAGCGUCGUCGAUCAAGGCGACUCAAUAAUCGUGGACAUCCUGUCCGUGAGCCGCGGUCGAGGAUUUGGAAGACUUAUCUUCCCAUUCAUAGGGCCGAUGCAGCGGCGGUUCUUCCGCGCGCAGCUCGACGUCGUCGAGGCCGCGUGUUUAAGUUGA